AUGGCUCUACACGUCUUUGAAAAUGACGAAUACAGGCCACCAGUGUGGAAAUCUUAUCUGUACCAGCUCCAGCAGGAGGCGCCACAUCCCCGCCGGGUCACCUGCACCUGUGAGGUGGAGAACAGGCCCAAGUACUAUGGACGAGAGUACCAUGGGAUGAUCUCUAGAGAAGAGGCUGAUCAGUUGCUGAGUGUUGCUGAGGGAAGUUACCUCAUCAGAGAAAGCCAACGGCAACCGGGGACCUACACUUUAGCCUUACGGUUUGGAAACCAGACCAGAAACUUCCGGCUGUAUUAUGACGGGAAGCAUUUUGUGGGGGAGAAGCGGUUUGAGUCCAUUCACGAUCUUGUGACGGACGGCCUGAUCACGCUCUACAUCGAAACCAAAGCGGCCGAGUACAUCGCCAAGAUGACCAUCAACCCCAUCUACGAGCAUGUAGGCUACACCACCCUCAACCGGGAGCCCACGCUGAAGAAGCACCUCCCCGUCAGAGAGGAUGUGCCGGACCGGGGGCCACCGGGGGAGGAGGGCGGACUGGAGGAGAGGCUUACGUCGCUGGUGCGCAGAGCGACCCUCAAAGAGACCGACCGCGCUCCCAAGUACGAGAAAGUGCACAAUUUCAAGGUGCACACAUUCCGAGGACCUCACUGGUGUGAAUACUGUGCCAAUUUUAUGUGGGGACUUAUCGCUCAGGGAGUCAAAUGUGCAGAUUGCGGUUUGAAUGUGCAUAAACAGUGCUCUAAAAUGGUCCCAAACGACUGUAAACCGGACCUGAAGCAUGUGAGGAAGGUGUACAGCUGUGACCUCACCACGCUGGUAAAAGCCCACAACACCAAGAGACCCAUGGUCGUGGACAUGUGUAUACGUGAGAUCGAAUCCCGGGGGCUCAAAUCGGAGGGCCUGUACAGAGUGUCUGGAUUCAGUGAGUUGAUUGAAGACGUGAAGUUGGCCUUCGACAGAGACGGAGAGAAGGCAGACAUCUCGGUGAAUGUCUAUGAGGACAUUAACAUCAUCACUGGGGCCCUAAAGCUCUACUUCAGAGACCUGCCCAUCCCAGUCAUCACAUAUGAUGCCUACCCCAGGUUCAUAGAGGCAGCCAAGCACACAGACCCAGACGAGCGGUUGGAGGCGCUGCAUGAAGCGUUGAAGCUGCUUCCUCCUGCGCACUGUGAGACCCUGAGGUUUUUAAUGGCUCACUUAAAGAGGGUCACACAGAAUGAGAAGGAGAACCUGAUGAACGCGGAGAACCUGGGGAUCGUUUUUGGGCCCACCCUCAUGCGCGCCCCUGACCUGGACGCCAUGACCGCUCUGAACGACAUCCGUUACCAGAGACAGGUGGUGGAGUCACUCAUCAAGAAUGAAGACGUCCUCUUUUAG